AAAAAGUAAAAGGAAUCGUGAAUUUUAUGCGCGUAGAUUCGUUUUUUUGUGUUUUAUUUUUUGCAUUUUACUGUUCUUGCGAUAUUGUGAUUAAUCAGAAAGUUUUUACUUUCUGAUUAACAGUUCUUUUGUUGCUUUACGCUUUUUUUUCCAAUCACCAGCAUCGCCAACGUGGGCCGCUGACCAAUCGUUGUCAGCCACGAAAACUUCUGUGUUUUUAAACCACGCCGCAUUCAAUGCUCGACUCGUCAUCUCUUCAUGUCGCCCGUCUAGUCGAAGCGUAAUAUCGCGUUUUUAAAUCUACCUUCAAGUUUAAUUUAUUCUACACACCCAUCAUGGCACUGGGAUUUAUUACAGUGCUGGCCACUUUUGCCGCCACGGCCACGGCACUGUACGGCCCUCACACUGAAGUCGUAGACCUUUCCUCCGCCAACUUUAGAAACAGGGUUGUGGACAGCGACGAAGUGUGGAUCGUCGAGUUCUUUGCUCCCUGGUGUGGACACUGUCAGUCAUUUGCUCCAGAAUACAUCAAAGCAGCUGCUGCACUAAAGGGAGUCGUGAAGGUUGGUGCCGUGGACGCAGACAAGGACAAGUCCUUGGCAGGACAGUACGGCGUUCGAGGCUUCCCGACGGUCAAGAUCUUCGGUGUCAACAAGAACAGUCCGACGGACUUCAACGGUGCGCGCACUGCCGAAGGCGUGGCCAGUGCCGGGCUCCAGGAGCUCAAGAAGGUCGUCGACCAGCGUCUUGGCAAGAAAACUAGCAGCGGAGGCAGCAAGGGCAAGAGCGACGUCGUCGAACUGGAUGAGAGCAACUUUGAGGAGCUUGUGCUGGACAGCGAGGACCUCUGGCUGGUGGAGUUCUUUGCACCCUGGUGCGGCCACUGCAAGAACCUCGCCCCGCAUUGGGAGAAAGCGGCCACCGAGCUCAAGGGCAAGGUUAAGCUGGGCGCCGUCGACGCCACCGUCCAUCAGGGGCUCGCCUCCAAGUACGGCAUCAAGGGCUUCCCCACCAUCAAGUUCUUCCCGGGCGGAAAGAAAGACUCGUCCUCGGCUGAAGAGUACAAUGGCGGCCGCACGGCCGACGACAUUGUCCACUGGGCGCUCGAGAAGGCCGCGGACGCCGCCCCGCCACCUGAACUCCACCAGGUGACAAACGCCAAGGUGCUCCAGGAUGCGUGCGAGAACAAUCAGCUGUGCGUGGUGAGCGUGCUGCCGCACAUCUACGACUGUCAGUCGGAGUGCCGCAACGGCUACCUGGACGUGCUGCGGCGGCUAGGGGACAAGUUCCGACGGAACCGCUGGGGCUGGGUCUGGGCCGAGGCCUUGGCACAGCCCAAGCUGGAGGAGGCCCUGGAGAUCGGCGGGUUCGGCUACCCGGCGCUGGCGGUGCUGAACAGCCGGAAGAUGAAGUACUCGCUGCUGAGGGGCUCGUACAGCUACGAGGGCAUCAACGAGUUCCUGCGGGAGCUCUCGUUCGGGAGGGGCUCGAGUGUGUCUGUGAAGGGGGCCAAGCUUCCAGACGUGGUGGAUACGGAGGCGUGGGACGGCAAGGAUGCCAAGAUGGAGGAACCGGAAGACAUCGACCUGAGCGACGUGGAGCUGGAGCCGGAGGAGACCGACAAGAAGCGGGUGGAGCUCUAGCUCCGGCGACGUCUGUCCGACCUGCCCAUUGUUCUUCCCAACUUUGUACAUACCAUUUGCGAAGGUGUAAAUUAUUCCCGUUUCCUUCUGGACUCUCUCUCUCUCUCUAUUGUGCUUGUAACUCUGCCACUGUUGUUGGCAAUAAAACGUGGGCAUUCUUUUUCA